CGUUCCGUGCGGUUGACAUUGCAAUUUCGCGGCACACGACACUCGCAAUAAACGACACUGAACCAGCAGCGGUCACUGACUGGAAUUAUUCCCUAUAGAGAGAUUCAGGUGCAGCAAGUGCAGAGACCCAAAAGUCUGUUUCUUAUCGCAAAAUAUUGAGCCAUUUAGCCGGCGACACCUUUAGUGCGGCAAGAGAUUAGAAGCGGAGGCUGUCAGUCGAAAGCUACGGCUCGUAUGUCGUGAGCUCGAGGGCAAAGUGAAUGCAAGUGGUGCGAGUGCGAAGGAACACAAUGCUGGAGGUCGAUAAGAUUCUGGAGAAAUGCGGCGACUGCAAUCGCUUGCAGCUGCUGAUGCUGCUGCUCUUCUGCCUUAUCAAUAUGCUGUCUGCCCUGCACUACUACUCCCAGACGAUCAUCAGUUUUGUGCCCAAAUACUGGUGCGCGGACGGGCUGCCAGCAGGUGGCCAGCCACCGAGUGAAUCAAGCUGCCAUGGAAAUGGAUCCCUCACCACCUGCCACAGCUACGACUACGAGUUGUUUAUGGGCUACAAGAGCUUCACCUCGGACAUGAAUUGGAUCUGCGCGGACGCCUGGAAGCUGACACUUGGCCAGUCCAUGUUCUUUGUGGGCUCCGUCGUGGGCACCCUGGUGCUGGGCUUCCUCGCGGACGUGGUCGGACGCCUGCCCAUUCUCGUGGUGGCCAACAUGAUUGCCAUGGUCGGGAAUCUACUCACCAUUUGGGGCACCAAUCUGCCGCUCUUUUGUGUGUUUCGUUUGGUCUCUGGCUUUGCCACGGACAGCAACUUUGUGAUGAUGUACAUACUGGUUAUGGAGUACAUGCGCCCCACCCUGCGCACAGUGGGGCUCAGCCUGUGCAUUGGUUUCUUCUAUUGCCUCGGAUCCAUGGCUGCUCCCUGGAUUGCCGUGUUGAUGCGCAGCUGGCAGGGCUUCCUCCUGGCCACCUCGCUGCCCUUUCUGCUGGUGCCGUUCUUCUAUCUCAUCGUGCCCGAGAGCAUUCAGUGGCUGGUCUCCAAGCAAAAGUACGACCGAGCCGUGGUCUGCCUGAAGCGCGUGGCCAAGAUCAAUGGGCGGCAGGUGGAUGAGAGCAGCUUCGAGGAGUUCAUCGAGGAGUGCAAGUUCAGCCAGCAGCACACCAAAGCCCGUCCCAAUCUGUUGGAUCUCUUCAAGACGCCACGUUUGCGGAGGAACACGCUGAUUUUGUUCUUCAAAUCCAUGGUCAUUACCCUCUGCUAUGAUGCUGUUUCACGCAACGUUCAAGGCCUUGGCAUUUCGCCAUUUCUGAUGUUCUCGCUGAGCGCCACAACAAUUCUGCCCGCCUGUCUGCUGAUCAUCGCCCUGCAAGAUCGCAUCGGACGCAAGGCCAUGGCAUCCAUAUCGCUGCUCCUCAGUGGCAUAUUCAUCUCGGUCACUGGUGGCAUACUCUUCGCUGCCCCAGCCACAGAUAAGACCACCACUCUCCUCGUCAGCCUCUCAGUUGUGGGUCGCUUUGGUGUCACGGUGGCUUACAAUUCCGGAGCCCAAUAUGCCACGGAGCUGAUUCCCACAUGUGUGCGUGGCCAGGGCGUGGCUGCGGUGCAUGUGGCAGGCUAUGCCUUUACCUUCUUCAGCGCCUUUAUACUUUACACCCGCAGCAUCUUCUCGCCCCUGCCAGAGCUCAUUCUGGGACUGAUCUCCCUCCUCGGCGCCUGUCUGUGUCUGCUGCUGCCAGAGACGCUUCAUCGCACGCUGCCCACAUCCCUGGAGGAUGGCGAGAACUUUGGCAAGAAUGAUCGCUGGUUCUCCUUUAGCUUCACGGAGCAACGCACACAAUCGGCCACCACUUUGGCCUCGGGACACAACACCAAGAAUCACUCGAGUUCCACGGACUCUGCGGUCUACUUUUGAUUCGUCUUUAAGAUGGGAUUCCAGCAAUUUAACAUUAGAACCAUCUUUAAAAGAUCUCCCACCCCCAAUUGAAUAAACAUAAGGAUAGUCACAC